GGUGCAUCUUAUUCUAGAUAGUAGGUUGAUCUAGAGGGAGAACCACAGAGGCCACUUCGUCGUUUUAUUCGGGGGCCUCGUAGGGCUAUUCCUACAUAGCAGCAGCUGCCCAGCUUGAGCUAGCCUCCCGCACAGCAACAGCUUUCCAGUUUGACUCAGCUUCCCACGCAGCUACAGUAGAAGCAACCCACUGUUACUCAGCCACCAUUGGACGAUGACCAGUACACUGGUGUUGAUGCAACAAUGGAGGAGGACACUGAAGAGCGUAAUUUGGAGGCUGAGUUGGAUGCUGAGUUUGCUGUGCUUGAUCCUGAGUUAGAUGCUCAGCUGGAGGAAGAGCUAUCACGUGCUGUCCUAAAGACAGGACGUGGCAUGGAUAAAGGAGAUGAUGCUCCUGUAGACUCGAGUCAAAGGAAGGUGCUUAGCCUUAAUCGUCGAGGCACAUUUAGCCAUGAGAGGUUUGGGAGGAUUGCCACAGUAAUAUGGAAGUACUUGUAUGAUGAGCCAGUGCUUUUUUGGUCUAGUUGGCAUAAGGAAAAGAAGAGGGUUGCUUGGGAGAAUUUCUAGAUGACAUAUUAUUGGGAAGAAGAUGAUGCUUGUGUGUAUAAAAUUUGGGGAUUACAUUGUCGAAACCGUUUCCGAGAUGAACUUCAUUGAGCUCGAAAGGCGUGGGUCAGGUACAAGAAGUUGCCUGAGUUCAUGCAUAAGGAUACCUUUAAAAUUUUGUUGGCAAAAUGGAGGAGUCCAAAAUAUAUUGCACUCUAGGAAAGAGGUUGGCAAAACCAAGCAAAGGGUGAUCGUGUGACCCACACAACUGGAUGCCUUUCUAUUGGGAUCCACGAGGAUCGAUUGCUAAAAGAGGAGGAGUUAAGCCAACACCUUUGGAGUCGUACUUGUUGACUCACACGACUCGCCGACCUAAUGCUCCAGAAGAUGCCCCACCUACUUGGAUAUGUCCAUAGGCUAAGCAGACAUAUAUAAGAAUUUGAUUCUUUUAUGAUAUUAAUUUCAUUUAUUUUUAAUGUCAUAUUGCCCUAAAAGAAGAAAAGCGAUAUAAUUUUUUAUCCAUUGUACUCAAGAAAUGAUUAUUUUUCAU